UUAUAAUAUUAAAUUAUUUAAAUCUUUAACAUAGGGAAAAGUGUAAAAAGCUAUAGAAAAACUUGCAUCAACAAAAAUGUAAUUCAGUUAGAUAUUAGUAAAUUUUAAAUUAUAAUUUAAGUUGAAUCGUGUCGUUCCAGUAUUUUUAUUGUUUGAUCGUAAAAGAAAAGCUCACGAUAAAUAUUCGCUCAUGAUUUUAACUCUAAGUAGUUUGUUGAUGAUGUUUUCGAAUCUCAUGCAACAAACAAAAAAAAUUAUUCAAGAUAAAUAUUUUAAAAAUGAAUGUGUUAAUAAUUAUGUCCCGGGUGAUGUUGCCAUAUCAAAAGAAUCUAUUGACGAUAAGUCGGAUGAUAUUAAAUAUCAAAUCUAUGAUCUUAUAAGAACAAUAAGAGACCCUGAAAAACCAGCUACACUUGAAGAUUUAAAUGUUGUUUAUGAAGAAGGUGUUCAAGUAAAUAGAAAUCCAGAUUUACAAUUAUGUUCAAUAAAAAUAGAGUUUAAUCCUACUGUUCCACACUGUAGUUUGGCUACUUUGAUUGGUCUUUGUAUACGUAUAAAAUUAUUAAAGUCUAUAGUAGAAAAUGUAAAACUUGAUAUUUAUAUUAAAGAAGGGGCUCAUACUACAGAAGAAGAAAUAAAUAAACAAAUUAAUGACAAAGAGAGAGUUGCAGCAGCAAUGGAAAAUCCAAGUUUGCGAGAAGUUGUAGAAAAAUGUAUUAAAGAAGAAGAAUGAAUCAUUAUUAUUAAAAUAUUUAAGACUGCAAAUUUUAGGCACAAAGCAUUAAUAAAUUAGUAUUUUUUAAUCUAAAUUGUAAAUAUUGAUGUUUAUAAUAAAUAAAUAUUUAUUGAUCAGUAAAGAUUUAAAAUAAAAUGUU